AUGCCUCAAACAGUCCCUCAAUACAGCCCAGCACUGGGCAUCCGCCUUGAAGGAAACCAAGCUUCCUACGCCCCAGGCGACACAAUCAUCGGCCAUGUCUACCGCAAAAACCACGCAGUCAGCCCAAGCGCCUCCAUACAGAUAAAACUUGGUGGAAGGACCAAGACCAAACUUAUAGUCUCCAGUGGCGGGAAUAAAAGAACCACCUAUAGAGGCCGCUUCAACCUUAUCCCAGAGAAAAUUCACUGGAAACAGAUCUUCGAGGGACCACUUCAUAUUGAACAGGGCGGUGAUGAGCAGGUCUGGCCUUUUGCCAUUACGCUGCCAAAGUAUGUCGAUCCGAGGUACUUGCAGAAUGGGGAGCAGCACGAGAGCUAUUUGCCCCUGGACGCAACAGAUUGUGUUUUGCCUUCGACUUACUCGUAUCCUACUGCCGGGACUACCGAGGCCUUUGUUGAGUACUACUUGACUGCUACGCUGAGAAUGCGAGGGAAUGGUGCUUCGAAUGGCGCGUCAGCUGUGCUUCCAAUUACAGUAAAAAACUUGGAAAAUGGUCCUCCCAUCGCAGACUUUGCAGUCAAACGAGCAAAGAGUUCCCAGACCAUCUACACUUAUCGUCUCGUCCCAACCAUGAAAGAGGUCAAGCUUUCCUUUUCCCAAAAGUUCAAACAGGUUCUUCAAACAACAAGCGUACCGACAUUCGCCUUCAACAUGUUCGUUGGCCUCCCGACCAUCAUCCAACUGGACAAUCCCAAUCCUAUUCCAUUCAAGUUGCACAUCGUUCCAGACUUGAAGGCGAGUAGCGAAGCCCUCAGAGAUGUAAAGCAUCAGGUCAGAUUAACAUACGUUUCCAUUCGGAUCUUCACUCUCACAGAAGUCAUCUGCGAGGGAUCAUUCAGUCCUCACACAAAGGACAAAACCAACGAGUAUGACCUUUGUGUCAUGAGUGCUCUUUCCCAAGGUAUCAAGGACGGAAUAUACAUCCCUUGCACAGACGGCGAGUCUGCUGUCGACAUCGGAGAAAUGAUCAAUUUGCGACUUGGCCACUUUCAGCGCGGUUUCCCCCAAUUACCGGGUGACCGACGCCUUUCUUUUGAUCCAACCUUUACUACAUACAACAUUCGUAAAUCGCAUAGGUUGAAGUGGGAAGUCAAGGGGAUAGUAGCAGAAGAGGGGUUUAAGGAGUACGGGGCAGUUCCUAUCACGUUGCUGGCUCCAAGUGAUGAGCACGGCAUAGGGGGACUUGACCAAAACCCUUCUAACCCUGUUCCAAUGGUUGAAAGCGCAGGAGAAAGCGUAGCUGGCCCGUCCCAGAUUCAACGGAACGAGUCAUGGAUUCAGCCUCCAGCUGAGGAUGAAGCACCACCUAGCUUUAACCAAGCCGUCAAGGAGGAUACACCACGUCCAGCAGAGAAGGCCGCUGCUUGA